AUGUUCGCAAAGGCUUUCACUAUCGCCACUCUGGCUUCCUUCGCCAGUGCUCAUAUGCUUAUGGCCAACCCCAAGCCGUAUGGCAACCCCAACAACAGCCCUCUAGAAGCAGAUGGCUCUGACUUCCCUUGUAAGGGCAAGGUCAACGAUGGAUCAGGUGACAAUGUUUACAAGCAGGGCAGCACACAGGAGCUCUCUUUCAUCGGCCAAGCUGUUCAUGGUGGAGGUUCAUGCCAGGUCUCUAUCACCACCGACAAGAACCCUACCAAGGACUCUGUGUGGAAGGUGAUCAAAUCUAUCGAGGGAGGCUGCCCCUCCAGAACAGCAACCGGUAACCUGGGUGGUAACGCUGAUGCCCCCAACCCCGACAAGUAUGAUUUCACCAUCCCCAAGGAGUUGGCUGCUGGCGAGUACACUCUUGCCUGGACAUGGUUCAAUCACGUUGGUAACCGUGAGAUGUACAUGAACUGUGCUGCUAUUACUGUUGAGGGCUCAGGUGGGUCCAAGGACCUCUUGAACUCACUCCCCGACAUGUUUGUUGCCAAUAUUGGUAACAAAUGUGAGACCCUUCCCGACACCGAUCUUGCUUUCCCCAACCCUGGAAAAGAUGUGAGCAAGCUCAAGUCGAAACUUGAAGGACCAUCAGGCACUGGAUGCCAGAAGGCUGGCUCUGGCUCUGGCUCUGGCUCUGGCGGCUCCGACGGAGGCUCUGAUGGAGGCGACUCUCAGCCUUCUACUCCUGUGGCUGCUCCUACUACCAACAACGGCGCUCAGCCCACUCAACCCGCCCCUACACCCGCCCCUAGUGCUGGCAAUGGCUCAGGCGCCGGAUCUGGUUCUGGUGAUGGCUCAAAUGGUACUCCUGAGAUCCCUGGUGGUGCCUUCAUUACCGUUUCUCAGCCUUCCGCCUCCCAGCCUACCGCCACCCAAGCACCUGCCACCCCUGAAACUCCCACGGAUGGUUCUGGUUCUGGCGAAGGCUCGGGCUCCGGUGAUGGUAACCAGGACGGUGGCUCGGGCUCUGGCAGCGGUGGUUUUGCUGCUGGGACUGCUUGUACAAACGAAGGCGAAUGGAACUGCAUCGGUGGCUCGACUUUCCAGCGCUGUGCCAGUGGCGCCUGGACUGCUACUCAGCAGCUCUCUUCAGGCGUCAGCUGUACUCCUGGCCAAGGCGCUGAUAUCUCUAUGACCACGAAGCGAGGCAAGCGGAACAUGCGUCGAGCUCAACGUGCAUGA